CGUGUGGUAAAGGGCAUCAAACGUUGCAAAGGUGGCUCUCAAGAUAAGCGUCUUCCAAUUACACCGGACAUUCUUAACGCGAUCUAUCGCUGCUUGGACUUCGCGGUCUACGAUGACGCUUUGUUCUUGGCCUCUUGUUGUCUGGCAUAUUUUGGUUUCUUGCGAUCAUCCGAGUUUACUGUACCUCAUGGCACUUCCUAUUCUCCAUCGCUUCACUUAUCCCAUCAUGAUGUUGCCUUUGACUAUCAAAAACCGAUCCCUUUCGGCAAGGGUGCACUCUGA